UGAAACACCUAUCUAACAGACCUUGUGCUUGUCGCCAGUUGGGAGGCUCAUGGCACAAUCAGAACAGUUUGAAGUCGCGCGCGGAUCAGUCGAUUGCAACGUGAAACGGAAAUCAAAGAACAAAAAAAAACUGCCAACAAAUAUUUCCCUUUAAACGGAUGAAUGAUAACUAGCCACAAAAAUGAAAACCGACAAUACUGUUUUGGUUUUAGUUGUACUGCAAUUUUGGGCAACAGUUCUCGGCUACGAGGGGGAUUACAAUAUGACGGAAUACUGGAAAAUGCCAGCCCUGUACCAAUACGACAGCAUCGAAAGCUGCCUAAGGUCGCAUCCCGAUGGGGUGUUCUGCGUAGUGAAGAGUGUCGUGAAGCCGGAUGACCGGUCGGAAAUCUGGAGAACAAUAAAAAAAUAUUCGAAAUAUCCGUACCAGUAUCAACAUGACGUGCUUACGCGAGGAGUGUGCAUCGGGCUGUGUGAAGAACUAGUGAAGACAUUCGAUGACCGAGAACGAGCACAAUAUCUCCAGUCGAAGUUUGACAUAAAUUUUCGGUAUAUCAUCAACGACUGGUUACUGCCCAACAUCAGCCACUACCGGCAACGGUACGGUUCCCUAGUCAACAUGUGCUUGAACUACCGGUUACAAUCCACACACAACCUAUCGGUCUAUUCUGAAAUCGAACACUGUACCAGUAGUGCAACCGUUGAUCGAGAAUCAGAUUUAUGGGACGCUCUCUUCGGUGCGGUUGUUGCACUGUUGGCUGUGCUUGCAAUCGGCUCUUCCAUCUAUGACUGUAAAUUAGCCAAACAGGAUGAUCACAAUCACUAUCGGACGCCUUACCACAACAGGGGACACAGCUUGUUGACGGCGUUUUCCUUACGAAGAAACAUCAAUCGACUCACAAUCAAGCUGAAGACAAGCCAAAUUCAGCAGGACCUACGCUUUUUGGAAGCAAUCCGAGUGCUCGUAAUGGCCUUGAUUACCUUCAGCCAUGUUAUGAUAGGAUUGGCCAUGACCACCACCAAAAAUCCCGAAGUCAUGGAAAAGCUUCUUUCGGCGCCAGGAUUUCAAAUUUUCCUAGCAUCGAUGCCGUUCGAGGUGGAUUUCUUCUUCGCCAUCAGUGGUCUCCUGCUGGCAGUUCAGUUCAUCAAGUACACCCAAAGCCGGAGCUUCAGUUGGAAACCCUUCUGGAUGGGACUGGUCAACCGGUAUCUGCGAUCUUUACCGGUGUACGCCAUGGUAAUGAUGUUUACGGUGUCGGUCUACGAUCGACUGCAGAUAAGCCCAUCUGCCUACCGGAUAAUGCCGAUGGUGCGACGAAUAUGCCGAGACAAGUGGUGGACGAACUUUCUGUUUAUCAACAACUACUAUCGUCCAGAAGAACAGUGCAUGAUUCACACGUGGUACCUGGCGGCAGAUUUCCAGCUGUUCCUAGCAGGGUUCUUGAUUCUGAUGGUCCUUUGGAAGUAUCGGAGUAUUGAGCGAUCGUUAAUUUACGUGCUCGUGAUGGUGGUGAUCCUGCUGCCCAUGGGGAACAUAUACUUCAAUUCGAUGGACGCAAUGAUGCUUCUGACAAAUAAAGGGAAUGCGUUCCAGUUGUGGUACGACAAAUGGUUUACCCGGACCUAUCAAGCCACCGAAAUACACUGCAUAAGCUACUUUGCUGGAAUGCUGGUAGGAAUAAUCUAUCAUAAGAUGCAGAACGAUGAUCUCUAUCUGGCAAAGUCCAAGCUCUACAAAACUCUCCAAUACAGCGUCUUUCCACUAGUGGUACUCUUCAGCAUCCCAGCACCGCUGUUCCAUCACUAUGAUUUCAGUAAACCCUCGCUGUGGAUGUCACUCUACGCUGGAUUGCAUCGUCUGGCCUACACAUCUUUUAUAGCCAUUGGCUUUCUGGUGCUGAUGUUCUCCAACCGAGAUUCGUUCUUCGGUCGGCUUCGAACGUCAAAAUUGUUGGAGAAUGCUUUUUACCGAGUUCUAGGACGUCUAAGCUUCAGCUUCUAUCUUAUUCACAUGAACGUGCUCAAGACGACUUAUGGAAAUUUCCACGAGAACCAACGGGGAUCGAUGGGUAUGGUGCUAAAUGUGUAUUGCUCGGUGAUAUUGCUAACUUAUGUGUUAGCCCUCUUCGCUUACCUCUUUAUAGAGAAACCCUGUGAUAUUAUAUUCAAACAGUUGUUUGAUGGUAAACUGGCAACGAAACAAGAAAAGGGAGCCAAUGCAGCACCUGCAUUGGAAAGGAGCCCCAGUCAGGCGGUAAAGGUGGAUAUUAGCCGACAAACCUCAGAGUCAGCCAAUGGGGAAACGAAAUAGCUGUGAACGAUUUUACGCUUAUUAAUUAAACGAAGAAAAUAAAUAAAUGAUAGGAUUAAGUUUA